CCCAAUUUGAAUCGGGCGGGCAAAUUUGAGCGGUUGGAAUGAACAUAUGGAGCGUUAUCCUGGAAUUACGAAUGAAAGACCAAAGAAUCCUGAUUAUGUUUUGAUGAAAGAAAGACUUGUGACAUUCGAAGAGUGGUCAAGAGAUGGGAUAGCUAUAGAAGUCCUGGCGAAGGCGUGAUUUUACGCAACAGGAAACCAAGACUCUGUUAGGUGCUUUUACUGUGGUGUUGGGGUGAAAGACUGGCAACGAAGUGAUGAUCCCUGGAUACAGCAUGCAACAGUUUUCUCACAUUGUGAAUAUGUAAAACUAUGUAUGGGAGAAGAUUUCAUAAACAGAGCAGCAAACAUGAACGGCAUGGAUACACAGGAAUUAACUAGAAGACUAGCAGAAAAACAUCUUGUUCCUGACCAGCUAAUAGAAGAUUUAAAUUGUAAGGCCGCAUUGCUUCUAAUAGAUAAAGAAUAUAGGCAAGAGGAUGUUGAACAGGCUAUUCAAAAGGCAAGGGAAAAAUACGGUAGAGGAGAACUAAGAGCUCACUUCAUUCACGAGUUUCUUAAUAGCAACAUGGUAACCACGCCUCGAAACAUCCAUGCAGUUGCACCAUCACAACAGACUUAUAAUACAACAGUAUCAAAUGGGCCCACAGAGCAUCAACAUCUUGUUGGUUUGAGAGAUUUUAACUCUGAAAAUCUUGAUACUCAUGAUACCGAGCAAAAUCGCCUGUUGGCGGAAAACCGGAAUCUGAAAGACAGAAUGGCCUGCAAAAUUUGUAUGGACAAAGACGCGUGCAUUGUGUUUAUUCCAUGUGGACAUAUGGUAUCAUGUAUAGAGUGUGCACAAAGACAACGCACGUAUGCGGUCUGUAGAGCUGAAAUAAAAGAAACAGUAAGGGCGUAUCCCGCAUAGAAACCGCAAUACUCAAACUUGGACAUCUUUACAAAAGAAAAAACGAUAGAACAAAUGAUAUUUUAUCGUGUAACUCAUCAUUAAAAUUUGUUGCAAAUCACAUAUCAUGAGUCAUACAAUGUAAUUUAUUUUCAUGCGGAAAACUUACAAACAAACUUAAAACAAAGUAAAAAUAUUAAAAUUUAUUUAUAAUCUGA